AUGGAUUUGAGGAAACCAAGGACUCUAUACACUCAGCUGGGGAAAAUCACACUGCAACAGAGAAACCUACAGACCUUGGAAGCCCUACUGGAUGGACUUGACUUGCAGCUGUCCCAAAAGGUUUACCACAGCAAGCGGAGUCUGCAGGUGCUGGAUUGGAGGGAUGCACACUGGGACUUCUGGACUGUAGAGCCCAGAGCCAUGAGUGCUGCUCACUCAGAAGAUGCCAGCAGUAAGGAAGCAGGCAAGCCUGGGUUGAGGAAGAAGAAGCCGACCUUGACAAUCCUCGCACACCUUUGUUUUGAAGCCUGGAGUAGGUCUUGUGCCACCCGUGAUGAAUUGCAACUCUGUCUCUUGAAGUGGGCCAGGAAGAGAAAAGCUUCAGUACACCUGUGCUGUGAGAAGAUGAUGAUCAAUUCCAAAGCUGUCUUUACAAUCCUGGAGCUUCUUCGUGCUAUGCAACUGGACUCUAUCCAGGAGCUGGAUGUGUUCAGUCACUGGGCAUGUCCAAGCACAAGCCAGCUGAAGUCCCUGAGUCUGAGGAAGUUCUCAAUGAAAUCAUUCAACCUGGAGACCCUCCAGGUUCUGCUAGACAAACUGGCCAAAACUCUGGAGACCCUGGUCCUAGAGAACUGUGACAUCACAGACUCCCAGCUCCUUGCCAUCUUGCCUGCCCUGAGCCGCUGCUCCCAGCUCAAGACCUUCAGUUGCUAUGGGAACCGUAUUUCCCUGGGCAUCCUCCAGGUCCUGCUGCACCUGUGUGCUGGACUGAGCCAGUUAACCUACAAGCUGUAUCCUGCCCCCUUGGAAAGCUAUGACUCCAAGAUUCCAGCAAAGUUUGUGCACCCUGAGCAAUUUCCCUGGGUCUGUGCGGAAUUAGAACAGGUGGGGCUUUCAGCAGGAGACUGGAUCAAGGGAGCAUGA